GGCGUCGAGAGGUCAUGAAACGAGUGCGCACGGAGCAGGUUCAGGUGGCAGUGUCCUGCUACCUCAAACGCCGGCAGUACGUGGACUCAGACGGCCCCUUGAAGCAAGGCCUGAGGCUAUCACAGACCCCUGAGGAGAUGGCAGCCAACCUCACAGUCCAAUCAGAAUCUGGUUGUGCCAAUGCAGUGUCUGCAGCCCCUUGCCAGGCAGAACCUCAGCAAUAUGAAGUACAGUUUGGACGACUGAGAAGCUUUCUUACUGAUUCUGACUCCCAGCACAGCCAUGAAGUUAUGCCUCUCCUCUACCCCCUCUUUGUCUACCUCCAUCUCAACCUGGUCCAGAGUGGCCCUAAGAGCACAGUGGAAAGCUUCUAUAGCCGCUUCCAUGGAAUGUUCCUACAGAAUGCGAGUCAGAAGGACAUCAUUGAGCAGCUGCAAACAACGCAGACCAUCCAGGACAUUCUGUCAAACUUUCAGCUUCGUGCAUUCCUGGACAACAAAUAUGUGGUCCGUCUCCAGGAAGAUAGCUACAACUACCUUAUCCGCUACCUCCAAAGCGAUAACAACACUGCCCUGUGCAAGGUGCUUGCCGUGCACAUUCACUUGGACGUGCAGCCUGCCAAGAGGACAGACUACCAGCUAUAUGCCAGUGGCAGCUCCUCCCGCAGUGAGAGCAGCGGCCUGGAGCCACCAGAUGUGCCCAACCCUAUUCUGCAGAAUGAGGCUGCCCUGGAAGUCUUGCAGGAGAGUAUCAAGCGGGUCAAGGAUGGACCUCCCUCCCUCACCACCAUCUGCUUCUAUGCCUUCUAUAACACAGAGCAGCUGCUGAAAACUGCAGAGAUCUCCUCUGAUAGCAAGCUUCUGGCUGCUGGGUUUGACAACUCCUGCAUAAAGCUCUGGAGCUUGCGGUCCAAAAAGCUGAAAUCAGAGCCCCACCAUGUGGACACAUCCCGUAUCCGUCUAGCUUGUGACACUCUGGAGGAGGAGGAGAGUGAGGAGGAUAAUACAGGCACAGAGAUGAAGAUCCUGCGAGGACACUGUGGCCCAGUGUACAGCACAAGGUUCCUCGCAGACAGCUCGGGGCUGCUCUCUUGUUCUGAAGAUAUGUCCAUCAGGUACUGGGACCUAGGGAGCUUCACCAACACUGUGCUGUAUCAGGGACAUGCCUACCCUGUAUGGGAUGUGGACAUCAGCCCCUACAGCCUAUAUUUUGCCAGUGGGUCCCAUGACCGUACUGCCAGGCUGUGGUCUUUUGAUCGGACGUACCCGCUGAGGAUAUAUGCAGGACACCUGGCUGACGUGGACUGUGUCAAAUUCCACCCCAAUUCAAACUACUUGGCAACAGGUUCCACUGACAAAACUGUCCGGCUGUGGAGCGCCCAACAGGGGAACUCAGUGCGGCUAUUCACGGGUCACCGAGGUCCCGUGCUUUCCCUUUCCUUUUCUCCCAACGGUAAGUACUUGGCAUCCGCUGGUGAGGACCAGCGGUUAAAGUUGUGGGACUUGGCCUCUGGGACGCUUUUUAAAGAACUGAGAGGCCACACGGACAGUAUCACCAGUCUGGCCUUUAGCCCAGACAGCGGUCUGGUUGCCUCUGCCUCCAUGGACAACUCUGUACGUGUCUGGGACAUCAGAAGCACGUGCUGCAACACACCUGCUGAUGGCUCUUCGGGUGAGCUCGUGGGCGUGUACACUGGACAGAUGAGCAAUGUCUUGAGUGUACAGUUCAUGGCCUGCAACCUCCUCCUGGUGACUGGAAUCACACAAGAGAAUCAAGAACAUUAAUUUCUUAAUUCAGGUGGCAGACUUGGUGGGGCUGGAAAACUGGUCACAGUCCAGGACUUGCUAAAACUG